AUGCCUCUGUUAGCCACGGAGCGCGUUAAGCUGCCCUAUACAGAUCUCCUCUCUUGGAUGUUCGAUGAAGUCAUCUACGACAUCGACAGGCCGAUAUUGAUCGAUGCGGCCAACACUUCUCGGACUAUAUCAUGUCGACAAGCCAGAUCGAUGAUCCAGCGAAUCGCAGCUGGGCUGAAAAAAACAGGCCUUCAACAUGGUGAUUGUGUCUGCAUACAUGCUUUCAACGAUAUCUACUACCCGAUCGCAUGCCUGGGUGUUGUGGCUGCCGGAGGAAUCUACGCGGGCACCAAUCCCUCGUACACGGUCUCGGAAUUGGAAUACUACACCCGUAUUGCCAACAUUCGAUAUUGGAUUGUGGAGCCGGCCUUGCUUCCCAACGUCCAGAGAGCAGCCGCGAGAUCUGGUAUUCCUACUGCCAAUAUCUUUGGUUUCGGUCCUAGUACAGAAUCACUUCCAGCUGGCAUUCGCUCCUGGGAAGUCCUUCAAAACUGUGGAGAAGUUGAUUGGGAGCGCUUCGACAAUGAACGGAGGGCAGCAACGGAACCCGUGGUGAGGCUUUUCAGCAGCGGCACCACGGGUCUGCCCAAAGCUGUGGACUUGACACACCUGAACUGCACCUCGCAACACACGGUGGUGAUGGAGCACCGCAAACGGCCAUAUGAAGUGCGGAGGUUGAUCUGCAACGCCAUGUUCCACGUCUCGCAGGUGGCCAAGGUCAACACCAGCGCUUUCCGGGGCGGGUAUCCGACGUACUUGAUGCGGCGAUUCGAACUGGAGCCUUGGAUGGCAAACAUUUCGAAAUUUAACAUCACGGAACUCAACGUCGUGCCGGCCAUGGUGGUAACAAUCCUUCAGUCUGGCCUGUUGGAGAAAUACUCACUGGACUGCGUCAAAAAUAUUUACAGCGGCUCGGCGCCGUUGGACAAGAGUCUGCAAAUGGCCCUCAAGGCGUAUUUGCCGGCCGACUGUAUCUUCAACCUGGCCUGGGGUAUGACCGAGACGAGCUGCAUGGGGAUGUGUUUCUUUUACCCGGACCAGGACCUCACGGGGGCGGUGGGCCGCCCACUCCCAAACCACGACGUUAAGCUGGUCGACGACAAUGGUAACGAAAUCACUGAAUCCAACAUGCGCGGGGAACUGUGCAUUCGCGGGCCAAGCAUUUUCAACGGCUACGGUCGAGAGAAACUCCGAAAAGAUUUUGACGCCGAUGGUUUCUUCCACACGGGGGACAUCGCCUACCGCGACCCGAUCUCCAUGCUAUGGUACAUCGUGGACCGGAAGAAGGAACUCAUCAAAGUCCGUGGGUUCCAGGUCAGCCCCGCAGAAAUCGAGGCCGUGCUGGUCAACCAUCCGGGCGUGGCCGAGGCUGCGGUGAUAGGCGUACAGGAAUCUGCGGAGACGUCAGAGUUCCCCCGCGCAUACAUCGUUCCCAAAAAGGGUGCUUCUCUUACCGUCGAAAGUGUUAAGGCAUUCGCAGCUGAGCGGCUGGCCGGCUACAAGAUGUUGCACGGCGGCGUUAAGUUCGUGUCCGCCCUGCCGAGAAACAUCAACCAAAAGGUCUUGAAGAAUGUCCUGCGGGAACAGGCCAAGAAGGAGUUACGGCUGGCUUCGCAGACUCUGGGCCAGGAAAGUGCUAGAUUGUAG